AUGGAUGACACCUCAAGUGUGGUAUCUGCACCCCAAGCAAAGCAGAUCGUUCACGAAAACACCUACAUCACGAGCCCAGAAGGCUAUGGGGAGACGUUCGUCUUUAAACCACAGAAAGUGAAAGAGGUGCUCAAGAGAGCGAUCAAAGAAAAAAUGGAAGGGCAAGCAUACGAUCCAGUGAAGGGAUCGCAGCAAGCAAAGCAGCUUGCAGAAGUUUUGAGAGAGCAUGUGAAAGCCUUGGGCUUUGAUCGACAUAAGUUGAUCAUACAGGUCACAUUGGGACAGAAAGCAGGGCAAGCGCAGAAUGUUGCUUCGCGGUGCCUUUGGGACCCACACACUGAUGGAGCAGUGUCAGAGGAGUACCAAAAUGAAUCCUUGUAUUGCCUCUGUCAGGUGUACUGCUUGUACUUUCAGUAA